GUUGUAGUCGUGUCGUUGCUUGACGGACGACGCUGUGUCUUUGCAUUCCACCACCUCCCCCUCACUUCCGCCGCGUUUUGUGCUUCUCCACGUGCGCCACUGAAGUCGCACCCCGCGAGUGUGAAGCUUCCACCUCUACUUGCUUGCAGCUGUACGCAUUCACACACACAUAUAUAUUAUUUCUCUCUAUUCGCUUUCUCAUAUCACCAAACUGGCUGCGUGUGGCCCCUCCUCCCCAAAAAAGUGGAGCUCCACCCCCUUCGUUUUUUUUUUAAGGAAACUGUUUGUUUUAUUAUGUUGGCCAAACAGUCCCUACCGCUUCUUCGAUUCGCGACGCCUUAUCCUGACUGUCUGUUUUCUCUUCUUUAUCGUUCGCGAGCAUCACUGCCGGUGUACUCGCACCACACUCCCUCCCUCCCUCCCUCCCCCCAACCACGAAGGGUGGAAACCACAAGAAGCACUUCCGCUGCAGUCCAGCGGUGCCAUCCGGGGAGGGCUUUUUAAAUUGUUUUGCUGGUUUCUUUCGCUGCGUCCACCGUUGUCCAAACGUGUUUCGUAUACACAUACAUAUAGCUCUCUAUUGACGGACCAGUGAUCCUUCUGGGGUCCAUUUGCUACCCACCUCCACCUAUCUCCCUCCCCGCCAAAAAGAUAAUAUCAAAGGGAACAGCACGUGUAGGUUUCGAUUAGGAGCCGGCCCCAUCGUUGGCGACUCGCGCUUCAUCGUGCCGCCAUGCACCCUCCACCGCUUACCGGCGCGGGUGCGUCGUCACUGACCACGUCCGCCAGUUGUGUGCUGUCGCGUGCUACGUGCAGCGGCAUUGCUGUCUGCCAUGCCCAACGGCAACUCCACCCGCUACUCACCGCGCGGUCAGCUUCUGUCGACCAGCUCCGACCCACACAGGUGCUGUGGGCAGUGAAGCUCUCCGCUUUCGUCCCUACGGCGCAUCGCCGAUGCUGGCGGCCACGCACCACACACACCGCCCAUCACCGAAGCGCUGCCCUGCGCUGUCCUGGCGGCCUUUCCUCCGCGCGGACGUGGAUAGGCGACGUCACCGGGGCCGCCUUGCCCUCUGCGUGGUGCACCGCCCGCCGCCAUGCCUCCACCGGCCGUCGGCCCACCUAUAUUGAAAUCACUGAAGCCCUGGACGUGCUGGGCGUGUCCAUCGAUGAAGACCCGAAGGUGGUGAAGGCGAAGUAUCGGGAGCUGGUGAAGAAGAACCACCCGGACGCCGGUGGGGAUGCGGCGACGAUGGCGAAGGUCACGGUGGCCUACGAUCGCCUCAGCAGCCUCAGCAACCGAGAGAAGGAGGAGUACCAGACGCAGAGGAGGAUGUUUCACAGCGGCCGCGUGGGGAGCACGCGGCGGUACCGCCCGGGUCCUGCUGGUGGCUACGGCUACGCCGUCCCCAAUGGACCGUUUCAGGCUCGCGCUGCGAACAUGUACGGCCAGUACUACCAGCAAGAUGCGAACACGGCCUAUCAGCAGACGCACCACGCAGGUCAGCAGAGCUACUGGAACCAGUACCACAACCGUGCCGGGUCGGCCAGCUUCUCAGAGAACCCUUUCAAUUUCAGUAACCCGUUCAGCAUGAACGCGCAGGUGCGGCGCGCCCGCUUCCUGCCCCCCGGCACCCUCCUCCUCCAAGGCCUCGUUGUGUACCUCGUCCUCUCCGCGUUCUUCCUCUUCGCCUACCGCCGCUACCGUGACUGGCGCCACGAUGAUGGCUGGCGCAUGUCGGAGAGUCUCGCGCGCCACGAGCAGAUGCAGGAGAUGCAUCGCAUCCGGCAGGAGAUGAAUGAGCGGGCGCGUGCGAUGCUGAUGCGCGACGGCAGCGGCGGUGAUGGCGAGGCCGACAGAGGAUUUUUCUCUAGCAUCAACGGGCUCUACGGAAGUCGUCAGUUCGUUGGGGAGUCGCCGGAGGCGCGCGCCUUGGAGUACGCCCGUCAGCGUCGUAUACAAAUGAUGCAGGAGCAGCAGGACGCCGCCGUCAACGCGCCGGAGUUGCGGGGGUGGCCGAAAAUCGAUGAGGAGAAGGGCCGCAUCAUCAAGCGAGCCCAAGACCCCAGCGGCGUCGUCUUCUUUGAGCCGCGGCGAGAGGACACGCGACGUCGGCAGAUUGAGAACCAGCGCCGGGCGAGCGGCUUCACGCGACGCGCCACGACACCGCAAAGCGCACCGUCCGCCGCAGCCCCUGCGGAGCAGGACGUCACUGCUGCUGCUGCCGCCAGUGACGACGCAAAGGUGGAGUCAGAGGGCAGUUCCGCAGGGGCUGGCUCGAACAACGGCCCCCCGCUUCCACCGGAGUCCAAUGUCGGCGCUGUUAUGAUGAAGCCUGUGGGCAACGAGCAAGAGGCUCAGGCGGUGAUGCGUGGCAUCUUCGCUGGUCUUCGAAGAAACUCUUCGUGA